AUGGAUGAAGCUAAGCCGUCUACAAGUUACGAAGGACUUGAUAAUAUGCCGCCGAAUGCGAAGGACCUUGUGAAACGCCUAUUUGAUGCAGUGGAUAUAAUUCAGAAACCGUUGCAAAAAAUGGUUGAGUUAGAUGCCGCCUAUCAAGCGGUCAUGCGAGAAGUAGAGAGAAUCCAGGAUACUUUCAAUGAAGGACUGACGGAAAUGAAUCGUGAACAAGUUGAUGAAUUAUUCGAUACUUUGGAAAACGAACUGCGUAUGGCACAACAUCUAGCAUUUUGGAAGUCAGGCGUAAUGUUUGACGUAGAUACAAAGUUGCAGAAUUUAAUUGGUCGACAAACUGAUCCACAACAAAGCAAACAACUUGUUGUCGAAAAGGGAAAGGCGCAGAAGAUAGCAAGACGAGGAAAAGGGAGAAAACAGAUAACUAAAUCAAAGGGACCUCGAUCAAAACGUCAGGCUCCAAUUACAAGAGAGAAUAUACGUCGGAUCGAAAGGGACACACGAUCGCAAUCUAUUGUAAAAGGAAAAUCAAAAGAUUCUCCUUCUCCACCGAUAGCGUCAGAUCAGUAUUUAUCGGGACGUCGGAAGAAAAUAAAAGUACCAGAAAUGAAUGAAGGACGUUCUAUACAAAAGAAACGUGGUGCAGGAAGACCGCGUUUGCCGAGGAAACCCCGCAAUGUAACUUCUGUUGUAGCAGAAACAGUAGAAGGCGAGAAUGUUCUCGAUACCUUGUAUUGUUUAUGUCGGCAAGUUUCUUAUGGCGAUAUGAUUCUCUGUGAGAAUAAAAAAUGUAACGAAUGGUAUCAUUUCCCAUGUGUCCAAUUAAGACAGAAGCCGAAAGGUAAAUGGUAUUGUCCACAUUGUCGUGGAGAUCGAUGCGAUGUAAUCAAUCCUGAUUUGAUAAACUGA